AUGCCGAAACGAGUGGAAAUCAAUGAAGAAUUUCUUGCUGAUAUGAUUGAGCAGGCACAACCGAAACCAUCACCCUCAAAACGUCGCGACGGUGACGCAGGGCGUAACUUUUCGCGAGCAACCACGGCCAAAGUACGAUCCGGUGCAUCGAGUACCAAAACAACAUCAGCAGUAGCUGAUGAUGACGAUUUUUUGCUUCAAAGUAUUGCCAGUGUGCUGCCGCAAAGUUCAAGCAGCAGACGAACUCGAUCAUCAGGCUUGGGUACGCCGCCAAAAAAAGCCAGGGCCAUGACGGGCGAAGCCGCAGGCACGUCAAAUGGCCCUAAACGUGUUCCCCCUCGUGCGGUACUCCCAAAUGCUCACAAUCCUCCUUCUCCACACAGUUGUUCGGUGAUACGAACGAAAGAUUCACUGCGAGCAGCUGGAAUCAGUUUGAAGAAAUCUAGUAAAUGCGCCAUCAAUAAUUCAUCGUCAUCGGCACUUUUCAACGCAGCGCUACAAAGUUCGGCACUGGAAAGCGAUACGCUAAGCGAAGAUAAUUACAGCCCUCUAACUGAGAAUGCCAUGGUUGUUGAUAAGAAUGUGCCACGAGAUGUGGACGAAGAGUUUCAAGCGGAACAGCUUAUCAUUGAUUGCAGCGUUGUUUCGGAUACUGUUAAACAAACAGCUGUAAGGCCAGUCCAAAAACUGAGGUCACUUUUUAUGCUUUUUCUGCUGCACAACUGCUAUACAAAACGUAUUUUGUUACGGGGUUACUUGUGUGUGUGUAUGUGCAUGUGUGUGUGUGUGUGUGCCAGAUGCUUCUUGUCCGCAACUUUCAACUCGGGAACCACAAAAAGGGGGUGUUCCCUGUCUAAGUGGGUAUUAACGAGUUCAAGCCCUGCCCGUGGGUAA